GGCCUGGCCGCCAGGCCCUCCCUCCUGCUUCCUCUCCCGAGGGCUGUCCUGGCAGAGGCCCCCCUCGCUCUUUCUGGCGGGAACAGGGCCAGCAGCGAAAGAACAGUCGCAGAGGGAAAGCGGGAAAGAGAUGGGGGAAAGUGUGUGUGUGUGAGUGUGCGCUUGUGUGCAUGUGUGUGCGUGUGUGUGUCAAGGAAAAAAGCUCGCAGUCCAGCAGCCCGGGCCUGGGAGGCUUGUGAGCCGGGCCUUUCGUAAUUGUCCCCUCCCCGCGGCCCCCUCCCCCAGGCCUCCCCCCUCUCCCGCCCUCCCGCCCGCCCUCUCUCCCUCCCUCCUUCCCUCGCAGCCGACGAGGCAGCAAUUAGGCUUGGGGGAUAAAACGAGGUGCGGAGAGCGGGCUGGGGCAUUUCUCCCCGAGAUGGCGGGUCUGACGGCGGCGGCCCCGCGGCCCGGAGUCCUCCUGCUCCUGCUGUCCAUCCUCCACCCCUCUCGGCCUGGAGGAGUCCCUGGGGCCAUUCCUGGUGGAGUUCCUGGAGGAGUCUUUUAUCCAGGGGCUGGUCUCGGAGGCCUUGGAGGAGGAGCGCUGGGGCCUGGAGGCAAACCUCUCAAGCCAGGUCCCGGAGGGCUUGCGGGCACUGGCCUUGGGGCAGGGCUCGGCGCCUUCCCUGCAGGUGCCUUUCCGGGAGCUCUGGUGCCUGGUGGAGUGGCUGACGCUGCUGCAGCUUACAAAGCUGCCAAGGCUGGCGCUGGGCUCGGUGGUGUCCCAGGAGUUGGUGGCAUUGGUGGCGUUGGCGGCGUUGGUGGCUUAGGAGUGUCUACAGGUGCGGUGGUUCCUCAGCCUGGAGCCGGAGUGAAGCCUGGGAAAGUGCCGGGUGUGGGGCUGCCCGGUGUAUACCCCGGUGGAGUGCUCCCAGGCACAGGAGCUCGGUUCCCCGGUGUGGGGGUGCUCCCUGGAGUUCCCACUGGAACAGGAGUUAAGCCCAAGGCUCCAGGUGUAGGUGGAGCUUUUGCCGGAAUCCCAGGAGUUGGACCCUUUGGGGUACAGCAACCUGGAGUCCCACUGGGGUACCCCAUCAAGGCCCCCAAGCUGCCCGGUGGCUAUGGACUGCCCUACAGCACGGGGAAACUACCUUACGGCUAUGGGCCCGGAGGAGUGGCUGGUGCAGCGGGCAAGGCUGGUUACCCAACCGGGACAGGGGUUGGCCCUCAGGCAGCAGCAGCAGCGGCAGCUAAAGCGGCAGCAAAGUUGGGUGCUGGAGUCCUCCCUGGUGUUGGCGGUGUUCCUGGCGUGCCUGGGGCAAUUCCUGGAAUUGGAGGCAUCGCAGGUGCUGGGGCUCCAGCUGCAGCUGCAGCUGCAGCAGCAGCCGCUAAGGCAGCCAAGUACGGAGCUGCUGCAGGCUUAGUGCCUGGUGGGCCAGGCUUUGGCCCGGGAGUAGUUGGUGUCCCAGGAGCUGGCAUUCCAGGUGUUGGUGUCCCAGGAGCUGGCAUUCCAGGUGUUGGUGUCCCAGGAGCUGGCAUUCCAGUUGUCCCAGGUGCUGGGGUUCCAGGGGCUGUGUCACCAGCUGCAGCUGCUAAGGCAGCUGCGAAGGCAGCCAAAUACGGGGCCAGGGCCGGAGUCGGAGUUGGAGGCAUUCCUACUUUUGGCUUUCCCGGCUAUGGUGUCGGAGUCGGAGGCAUCCCCGGAGUUGGAGGUGUUCCCGGAGUCGGAGGUGUCCCAGGAGCUGGCAUUUCCCCUGAAGCUCAGGCAGCAGCUGCCGCCAAGGCUGCCAAGUACGGUGCUGCAGGAGCAGGAGUGCUGGGUGGGUUGGUGCCAGGUGCCGGAGGCAUAGUCCCAGGUGUGCCGGGCGUGGGAGGAGUGCCAGGAGUGGGGACCCCAGCAGCUGCAGCUGCUAAAGCAGCCGCCAAAGCCGCCCAGUUUGGGUUAGUUCCUGGUGUCGGCGUGGCUCCUGGCGUUGGUGUGGCUCCUGGCGUUGGCGUGGCUCCUGGUGUUGGCGUGGCUCCUGGCGUUGGCGUGGCUCCUGGCGUUGGUGUGGCUCCUGGCGUUGGCGUAGCUCCUGGCGUUGGCGUAGCUCCUGGCGUUGGCAUCGGCCCUGGUGGAGUUGCAGGAGUGGGAGCCCCAGCGGCAGCGAAAUCUGCUGCCAAGGCAGCCGCCAAAGCCCAGCUCCGAGCUGCAGCUGGGCUUGGUGCUGUUCCUGGACUUGGAGUUGGUGUUGGCGUUCCUGGACUUGGAGUUGGUGUCGGCGUUCCUGGGCUUGGAGUUGGUGCUGGUGUUCCUGGCUUUGGGGCAGUACCUGGAGCCCUGGCUGCCGCUAAAGCAGCCAAAUAUGGAGCAGGAGUGCCUGGGGCCCUUGGAGGGGUUGGGGCUCUCGGUGGAGUAGGCAUCCCAGGCGGUGUGGUGGGAGCCGGACCUGCCGCCGCUGCUGCUGCAGCCAAAGCUGCUGCCAAAGCCGCCCAGUUUGGCCUAGGGGGACCCGCUGGACUCGGAGUCGGAGGACUCGGAGUCGGAGGGCUUGGAGCCGUCCCAGGUGUUGGGGGCCUUGGAGGUGUGUCUCCAGCUGCAGCCGCCAAAGCAGCUAAAUACGGAGUGGCAGCGAGACCCGGCUUCGGACUGUCUCCCAUUUUCCCAGGUGGUGGCGCUGGAGGCUUGGGAGUUGGUGGAAAACCCCCCAAGCCCUUUGGAGGGGCCCUGGGAGCCCUGGGAUACCAAGGUGCGGCCUGCCUGGGGAAAGCUUGUGGCCGGAAGAGAAAAUGAGCUUCCCAGGACCCCUGACUCACGACCUCAUCAACGUUGGUGCUACUGCUUGGUGGAGAAUGUAAACCCUUUGUAACCCCAUCCCAUGCCCCCCGACUCCCCACCCCAGGAGGGAACGGGCAGGCCGGGCGGCCUUGCAGAUCCACAGGGCAAGGAAAUAAGAGGGGAGUGGCCAAGUGCCCCGACCAGGAGGCCCCCUACUUCAGAGGCAAGGGCUGUGUAGUCCUGGCCCCCCACCCCAUCCCUUCCCACCUAGGAGCUCCCCCUCCACACAGCCUCCAUCUCCAGGGAAACUUGGUGCUACACGCCGGUGCUCUUAUCUUCCUGGGGGGAGGGAGGAGGGAAGGAUGGCCCCUCGGGGAACCCCCUCCCUGGGACUCCUCUAAAGAUGGUGCAGACACUUCCUGGGCAGUCCCAGCUCCCCCUGCCCACCAGGACCCACCCUUGGCUGCCGUCCAGUUGGUACCCAAGCACCUGAAGCCUCAAAGCUGGAUUCGCCCAUAGCAUCCCUCCUCUCCUGCGUCCACUUGGCCAUCUCCUCCCCACCAAUCGCUGUUCCCCACAUCUGGGGCACCUUUGGGUUGGAAAACCACCCCACACUGGGAAUAGCCACCUUGUUCUUGUGGAAUCCAUCCGCCCAUCCGUCCAUUCACCCAUCCGUCCAUCCAUCCAUGUCCCCAGUUGACCGCCCGGCACCACUAGCUGGCUGGGUGCACCCACCAUCAACCUGGUUGACCUGUCAUGGCAGCCUGUGCCCUGCCUCCACCCCAUCCUACACUCCCCCAGGGUGUGCGGGGCUAUGCAGACUGGGGUGCUAGGCAUCUCCUCCCCACCUGGGGUGUCCCUACAUGCAGUACUGUAUCCCCCCCAUCCCUCCCUCGGUCCACUGAACUUCAGAGCAGUUCCCACUCCUGCCCCGCCCAUCUUUUUGUGUCUCGCUGUGAUAGAUCAAUAAAUAUUUUAUUUUUUGUCCUGGAUAUUUGGGGAUUAUUUUUGAUUGUUGAUGUUCUCUUUUGGUUUUAUUUUUGUGGUUCAUUGAAAAAAAGAGAAUUUUUUUUUUCUGAUCGGGGGAGCUGUAUCCCCAGUAGAAAAAUCAUUUUAAUCACUCUGAUAUAACUCUGGAUGAAACACACCUUUUUUUUUUAAAUAAGAAAAGAGAAUUAACUGCUUCAGAAAUGACUAAUAAAUGAAAACCUUUAAAGGAAA